UAAAAGUUGUCCUUAAUGAGAAAUGUAGAUAAGAAAGCAGGCAAAAAAAGCAAAAUCAACCGAGAAAAAACAGCGCAUCGCAUAGUUUUGCGAUUUAGCUUUAUUCAAAUUUAGAGUUGGGCGCCAAACGCUCGUAGUGCCUGCAGCCCUAUUUUCGCGGCUGUGUGUGUGUGAUUGCUCAUAACAAUAGUGUUGUAAAACACUGUGUGUUGUGAUUGUUUUUGAUAAAGAUGUGUUUUCGGCAAAAUGACUGAAUUCCUUGCUGAAAACAAUGCCUGUGGCCAAAAUCUGCUGAAUAUUGUGUCGGUAGGUAACUCCAUCAUAGCAGAGAUCCUUCGACUCAAGGACUACGUUCCCCUAAUUUAUCGAUUGGAGACAAAGGCCGAUCGGGAGAAAUAUGGCGAGAUUAUACUCGACUUUAGCUACUUCAAGGUGGCCGAAGAGCACGAGAAGAAAAUCGAACAGAGCCCGGAGCUCAGUGAAUUGGAUGAUGACAUUCGGAGCCACUUGCCGCUGAUUAGACGCUUUUACCUGGCCUUCCAGAGCAUCCAUCACUAUGCCAAAGAUCUGCAGCAGUACAUAGAGGAACUGAACAGUGGAUACUACAUCCAGCAAACGCUGGAGACGGUGCUUCAGGACGAAGAGGGCAAGCAACUCUUGUGCGAGUCCCUUUACUUGUAUGGAGUUAUUUUGCUGCUUUUGGACUACCAUAUUUCCGGCGAUGUGAGGGAGCGCCUGCUGAUCUCCUACUACCGCUACAGCGGUGGCGAUGCCACGCCCAGUGGGGACGAGAGCAACAUCCACGAUGUCUGCCUACUCCUGCGAUCCACGGGCUACGUGCAUCCCUCGGAGACCGCCAAAUUGUUGAGCUUGGGAGGGAAACAGGCAGCGGCGGGAGCUGCCAACCUGGUAGUUCCCAAAUACCCCGAAGCGUACUUCUCCCGGUUUCGCUUCGAUGCGAACUUCAUAGAUCUGGUCAUUGCCCGUCUCCGCUGCGACGACAUCUACAACCAGUUGGCCAUUUACCCGCAUCCCUCGCACCGCUCCACGGCCCUCUCCUCCCAGGCGGCGGUGCUGUACGUGUGUCUCUACUUCUGCCCCCAGGUGCUGCACGGCCAGGGCUCGCAGAUGCGCGAAAUUGUGGACAAGUUCUACUGCGACAAUUGGAUCAUAUCCGUGUACAUGGGCAUCACGGUAAACCUUAUAGAUGCCUGGCUGGAUUUCCAGGCGGCCAGAUCUGCCAUAGCGAAUAUUGUGAAUCCAGCAGCCGUUCAAACGCUGUGCCAGCAGCAAAGCGAGCAGCUGGCGAAGAGCCUCCAAAAGACCCAAGAGAUUGUCCGAGAAGGAGUCCUCGACGACGGCUUCGUGCUGCAGCAUGCCAACAAACUGAUUGUCCUGAUGCGUCAGUGCAAUGUCGUGCUGCGCUGGUACUGCCUGCACACCUCCCGCGAGGUUUUCAUCAUAUCGUGCAUUGCAGUCGAGCCCAGCCACGUGCACCAGUUGGUGCUCAAGGAGCUGAAGUUCAACCGGAACACUCUGUAUCAUCUCCUGCUCAACUGCAGCCAAAUGGAGCUGACUGUGCGGGAGCUGCUGGGCGAGGUUCAGCAGAGCAGGGAAGAGCGCUGGAGCAAGAGUCGCGAAGGGGCCAUGCAGCGUCUGCAGGAGCUGAGCGAAUCAUUUGCCGGCACCCGGCCGCUGGCGAAGAUCGAGGCGAAUGCCCAUCUGCAGCAAUGGUUCGGUGAGGUGGCCAAGCGGCUGCAGAAACUGGAAAUAGGCAGGCCGCAAAAGUCCGGCCGCCUCAUCAUUCAGGUAAUGCAGGCCCUGGACGAGGUGCAGGAGUACCACAAUCUGCACGCCAACAUGCUGGUGAAGCAGCAGUUGCAGGAGACGCGGGAUCUGCUCAAUCGGAUGGCACAGUUGAUCAACCUGAAGGAGGACAUUGAGAUCCAGAUACAGAUGAUCACCGACUUCAGUUAUGCCUGGCAUCUGCUGCAACGGGACUUCAGGCCCCUUAUGCAGGAGCACAUCAAGCGUCAGCCGCACGCAGUCCGCGGCAUUCGGUCAGUGUUCCUCAAGCUGGCCAGCACUCUGGAGGUGCCCUUGAUGAGGAUUAAUCAGGCCAAGAGCGAGGAUCUCGUGUCCGUGUCCAACUAUUACAGCACAGAGCUCGCCAACUUUCUGCGUCGAGUGCUCCAGAUUGUCCCAGAGACCAUGUUUAGCAUUCUGGCGAGGAUUAUCCACCUGCUGACGAACGUGAUAAUGGAGUUUCCCACGCGCCUGGACAAGGACAAGCUUAAGCACUACGCCCAAUUCGAGGAGCAGGCCAAGGUGGCUCAUCUGACUAACUCCAUUGCGGUGUUUACCAAGGGAAUCCUCAUGAUGAAGACCACGCUGGUGGGGGUAAUCGAGCUGGACCCCAAGCAGCUGCUGGAGGAUGGCAUUCGGAAGGAGCUGGUCAAUCAUUUGGCCAAUGCCUACAAUCUGGGACUGAUUUUCACGCCCGAGAAGGGCAAGUCGCAGGUGCAGCUCAUGCAACAGAAGCUUCAGACUCUGGCCAAGACCAUUGAGGGAUAUCGACGGUCCUUCGAGUACAUCGAGGACUAUCUGAGGGUGCAGGGUCUGGGCAUUCUGCUGGAGGAGUCCCAGCGUAUCAUCAGCUACAAUGUAGAGAAGGAAUGCAACGCCUUCCUGCGGAACAAGGUCCAGGAGUGGCAGUCGAGCCAUCAGAGCCAGAUCAUACCCAUUCCCAACUUCCCGCCCCUGCAGGGGGACCCAUCGAACUCCAACAAUUUCAUUGGACGCCUAGCCCACGAGCUCCUGCGCUGCACAGAGCCCAAAGGGACCAUCUACCUGGACCUGAAGAGGACGUGGUAUGAGAAGCGAGCCCCGCACCCGGAAGUGCUAUCCGCCUCUGGGUUCUUUGACAUUCUGCGCGAGGCUCUCGACCCCGCUGGCAUGGUCGGCCUGGAGCGGCUCUAUGCCCACAUGCUGGCGGACGAGCUAAAGCGCAAUCUGGAGCGGCUUCAGAAGAACCUCACCUCGGAUCGCAUGUGGCGCGACGCCCUGGAAAGCGUCACGAAAGAGCUGGAGUCGCGCGACUUCCCCGGCCCCGAGGUGGCCAAGCAGCCGCUCAAGUAUUAUCUGGACUAUACCCAGCGCUGGAUGAAGGUGUGGCCCCGGCUCUUAGACUGGGUGCUCUCGGUGGGCCAGAAGCAAGUGCUGCGCCAGCAAAUCGCCACCGAGCUGAGCUUCAGCAGCAAAUGCGAGGCCAAGCUGUUGCAGAACACGGCGGACACGCUUAAUCGCGCCUUCCUGCUGGAACUCUCGCGCAGCAAGGACCUGUGCGAUGAGCAGGGCGUUGGAACGCUGACGGACCUUGAGGACAUCCUCCUCUGCACGGGUAACUUUGAGCCCUUAGAGCAGGUGUUCUUCCCAACCAAGAACACGCACAAUGUCUCGUUGUUUCUGUUUCUCUUCACCAUUGCUCAUGUGGAUCGACUGCAGCAUUCCGCUAACACAGACUGCCUGCUGCCCAAGGCAGCCAAAGAUGUGAUUGAUUGUGUGCCCCUCGUGGUGGGCCUCCUGACCAUUCUUCAGCAGUUCCACAGGAACGUCAAGAUGCUGUACAUCUCCUACAUGAGUCAGUAUGUGGUGACGGUGGCCGAAGCGCAGCUAUCGGACAAGGAAAUGCUGGGACCCGAAGUGACCACUGUGCUCCACUUCCUGCAGACCUUUGUGCGGCUGGGUCGCCUGCCGCUGCGAGUCCUCGAGCAGCGCAUACCCAACAUGAUACUCUCCGAGUUCGAGUAUCUGGCCACGCCCAUCAAAUGAGGCGGCUCUUAGGCUACACAAACUUUAAUAAAUUCAAAACAUAACAAAGAAAUGCCUCGCUGAGGUGCAAAUGGAGAUAGGAGUGGGGCACAACAACAGCAACGAACUGAGGAUGAGGAUCAGGAUUCAGGAUGAGUAAGUAAUAUCCGUUUCCCCCUCUCCCAUGGAGUGGGCUCAUUUACGUGAUGACGGUGGGAGCAUUGCGGCCAGUGAAUUUGGGCAGCUGAGAAAUCUCCAGGGCAAUGUCAAUCAAGGGCUUCAGCAUGACGCUGGCCUGGCCCAGGACAUUCUCCUUCUCAUACGAAUCAAUGUACAAACUGAAAGAAGGAAAAGCAAGCGUCGUAAAUACGAGAAGAGUUAACACGUUGUGCGAGUACUCACCGCACUGUGGCUCCGGAGCUGCCUGUGCCACUGAGACGCACCACAAUGCGGCUGCCGUCCUCGAAGACAAUGCGCAGUCCCUGCUUGGUGGCAACCGACUUGUCUACGGGAUCUGUAUAGCUGAAGUUGUCCGCCUCCUUCACCUUGUAGCUUUUGCCGCCGCUGGAAAAGGUCUUGCCCACAAACCCUGCCGCCGUGAUGGUCUUCUCCAUGGUGUCCAUCAUCUCGUUGCAGGGAUCCGAGGCGCAUUCCUCGUAGUCGUAGCGGGUAAAAUAAUUGCGGCCGUAGGUGGACCAGUGCUGCUUAAGGAUAUCCUCGAUUCCCUUUCCCGUGUGCUGCAUUACCGAGAUCCAGGCGAGGACUGCCCAGAUGCCAUCCUUUUCGCGGAUGUGAUUGGAGCCAGUGCCGAAGCUCUCCUCGCCGCACAGACAGAGGCGUCCGGCAUCCAUGAGAUUACCAAAGUACUUCCACCCGGUGGGCACCUCGAAGACCUCCUUGCCGAGCUUCUUGCCCACGAGAUCCACAGCCGAAGCGGUGGGCAUGCUGCGAGCGAAUCCCUGGACGCCGUUCUUCUGGAAGUACGGAAUGGCCUCCAGGUAAUGGGCAAUCACGGCCAGCGAGUCGCUAGGUGUCACGAAGAAAGCCUUGUGGCCGAUGAUCAUGUUGCGAUCGCCAUCACCGUCGAAGGCGGCACCUAUAUCGUAGUCACCCUUAGCGACUGUAUCAACCAGAUCCUUGGCGUAGGUCAGAUUCGGAUCGGGGUGCAGUCCCCCAAAGUCUGGCAGUGGAGUGGUGUGGACCACGCAGGACUCGCUGGCACCCAAGCUCUUCAGAAAGAUUUCCUUCACGUAGGGCCCGGUGACACCGUUCAUCGCAUCAAUCCUCAUCUUCAGAGGCUUGCCCGUGACCUUGCCGCUGACAAACUCCUUGAGUUUGCCCAUGUCAAAGAUCUCUUCCAUGAGGCGCAGAUAGUCGGCCACCGAAUCGAUGACGUUCACGGUGAAGGGCUUGCCGGCAAUGUCGAAGUUGCUCACGCCCACCUUGGCGAUGUCGAUCUGCAGGCCACGCACCAGCUUGUACUCCUUGAUCUCGGUAGUCAGCUUGUGGAUGCUGUUGGUAAAUGCGUCCGGGGCUGGUCCACCGUUCUCGCAGUUGAACUUGAUGCCGAAAUCGUUCUCGGGGCCGCCCGGAUUGUGGGAA